GAAAAUGAAGCCGCUGAACUGCAGAAAAAAUUAUCGGUGCUCAAUUCCAUUAUGGACCAAGAACUGGCUACUCUGCAUAAACAGCAACAGCACACGCAACGCCGGAGAGCAUCGUAUAACGUUAUGCAAAAUGGCGUGUCCGAGGAUUCGGAUUACACCAGCGAUGUCAACUACCCCGUGCAGCACCCCACCAUCGCCUACCCAGCACAAAUGCAGCACCAGUAUUCGCCUUCCGUUCGCCGGCAGGAUCGACCCCCUAUGCAGAAGCAACGCUCAACCCUUUCGCCUUAUUAUGCCUCCAUGGAUAAGUCCGAAGCCAGCUUCGAGCUGCCAACGGAAGAGGGAAGCUUCGAAGUUCCCUAUUCGCAGCAGUCGCAACAUCGCGACAUUCGGCCGCGUGACCCCUACGACGAACCGGAGCGCAUUCCGCGGAGCAACAGUAACGCUUCGGAGCCCCUGUAUUAUAACAGCCGCCCGUCGCGAGACAGGUUGGUCAGCUCAAGCAAUCGUCCGGCCAGGGAAAGUCCCAGUCAACCGCAUCUUUCUUCUGUCUCCAGACUCAGGGCGAACUAUGCGCGCAGCAGAAGCCCCUCGCCGGAUCCGGAACAUUACCGAUAUCAAAAUUCCGUCGAUUACAGUGAAUCGGCUUCCAAUCGGGAUUUCCGCACCGAUGUCUAUGGUGGAUCCGUUGAUUAUCCUCUUGAGAAUGGUGAUUUCGACAGGCACGACCAUCAUGAGCCUUCGGGUGACCGGUAUUACGACGAUUACAGCCCAGGAAUGGAAGGAUCGUUUCAGGACUACGAAGACGAUAAACAACUACCACACCGCUACGAUGAGCAUGAGCAAGGUCACCUCGAUGUUCUGGAAGAUCACCGUCAAGACACUGUCUCGACAGGCCCUUCGUACCAGAGCUCCGGUGGAGAAAGAUGACAAGAGACCAACAGCUCAGAGAAUGGACACUGUUGAAACAAAUUACUCUCAAGACCUGGAUGCAGUGGACCAAUGGAGUAAAGAGGGUAACCUCUCGGUUAGCCCUGGCCCCGAACAGCAGUAUUUGGAAGAGAUGGACCAUUUUGAUCAGAGCUUACCUGCUGAUAAUAGACAAGCUAUUCUUCCGGUACAAAGCAAACCUGCCGCACAAGAUAUUCCGGAAAACAAAAAAGUUCCGCCGCUAUCUCCACCGGCUAUGAUCGAAGAACAGCCAGUAAUUACCGUAUCAGAGGUCAUCCAAGACGCACCUCUGCCACCACGCAUUACCCGCGAACCUUCGCAAGAACAGAGGCUGGCCACAAAGCACAGGUGGCUCCUGGCUUAUAACAAAGUUUGUGCUGAGUUGAAUAAGAACAACUUCGGACCAAAUGACACCAGAAAGAUGAACGGAGGGCUUCUUCCGGAUUACAAUCCCUUUUACAGCGGCAUUGAUUCCAUGCCGGACAUUCGUCCGCGCCGGAAAUCAAUCCCGCUUGUCAGUGAGCUGACGAUGGCCGCGCAGAAGCGGAACGUUAAUUUGGGCCCGAUGGGUCCGGCUAACGACGAGGAACUCAAACAGCACGUUUACAAGAAGGCCCUACAAGCGCUGAUCUAUCCCAUAUCUUCCACCACUCCGCACAGUUUCCAUCCCUGGACGGCCACAUCGCCGACGUACUGCUACGAAUGCGAGGGCCUGCUGUGGGGGUUGGCGCGGCAGGGUGUGCGGUGUUCCGAGUGCGGUGUGAAAUGUCACGAGAAGUGCAAGGAUUUGCUCAAUGCCGAUUGUCUGCAGCGUAUGUGCUCUCAAUCCGCAAUGGAACGAAAAGUUUUAUUUGUAAGAUUAUUGGUGGGAGUGCUUCCCAUCGGUGAUUCGCCACCGGAAGCUGGUAAACAUAAUUUUUCCCUUCGAAAUAGUGAAUGCCACAAUUCCUCGGAUCGCAUCAAAGUGCGGGUGUGGGAUGAAGAUAAUGAUCUCAAAUCUAAACUGCGUCAACGGCUCACACGGGAAUCGGAUGAUUUUCUUGGUCAAACUAUCAUUGAAGUGCGAACGUUAAGUGGCGAGAUGGAUGUAUGGUAUAACCUGGAAAAACGUACGGAUAAAUCAGCUGUGUCUGGAGCCAUCCGACUGCAUAUCAGCGUGGAGAUCAAAGGCGAAGAAAAGGUCGCGCCUUACCACGUCCAGUAUUCCUGUUUACACGAGAACAUCUUCAAUUACCUUUGUGAGCAGCAACCUGGUAACGAGCCCCGGCUGCCGACAGCUAAGGGCGAUGAAGCGUGGAAAGUUUAUUUUGACGAAGCAGCACAGGAAAUUGUUGAUGAGUUUGCGAUGCGAUACGGCAUUGAAUCGAUUUACCAGGCCAUGACUCACUUUCAGUGCCUUUCCUGGCGAUUUAACUGUCAAGGAGUCCCGGCUGUGAUGAGUACACUUUUAGCCAAUAUCAACGCCUUCUACGCACAUACCACAGCAUCCUCCGCCGUAUCGGCCAGCGAUCGUUUUGCCGCGUCAAAUUUCGGGAAAGAAAAAUUUGUGAAGCUUUUGGAUGGACUACAUACGUCGCUUCGUUUGGAACUACAGAUGUAUAGGAACAACUUUUUGGCGUCCACACCGGCGCGACUCCAGGACUUAAAAUCCACAGUCGACCUGUUGACCAGCAUCACUUUCUUCAGAAUGAAAGUGCAAGAAGUUCCGAGUCCGCCGCGCGCCGCCACUGUUGUAAAGGAAUGCGCGAAACAUUGCCUCCUUAACACGUACAAGAUGCUGUUUGACAACUGCAAUUUAGUUUAUCAGAAAGAGUAUCAGCCCGAUGGGACAGCUGGUGCCAGCGCAGAAGUGCCGGCUGAACAUGAAGGUCCUACUUUGACAAGCUUAGCAUUCUGGCACAACUUGAUUGCAAUUAUCGUAUCGGUCAUCGAAGAGGAUCAGAAAAGCUACGCGCCCGUACUUAAUCAGUUUCCCCAAGAAUUCAAUAUUGGUCAGCUGAGUGCUGCGGCCAUGUGGAAUUUCUUUGCUCUUGACAUGAAAAAUGCACUUGAAGAGCAUGCAGUACAUCGACUUUGCAAAAGCGCGGAAUAUAUGAAUUUGCAUUUCAAGAUCAAAUGGCUGUACAACAAAUACGUUGGCGACGUUCCGCCUUACAAAGACAGUGUUCCUGAAUACCCUCAAUGGUUUGAACCUUUCGUGAUGCAAUGGCUUGGGGAAAACGAAGACCUUUCGAUGGAGUAUCUGCGUAGCGCUUAUGAACGCGACAAGAGAGACUUGUUCCAACUUAGCUCCGAGCAUGCUAACUUCAGCAGUUCGGUAGUCGAUGUUUUCACCCAACUCAACCAAUGUUUCGACGUGAUUAAGAAGCUGGAGUGCCCGGAUCCGGAAAUCGUUAAGCAUUAUAUGGCGCGCUUUGCGAAGACAAUCAAUAAAGAAUUGCUUACGUAUGGUGACAUCGUCAAGAAAGAAUUUCCUCAGUUCAUCGGCAAUGAUCGAAUGGCCUGCACGGUUAUGAACAACAUUCAGCAACUGCGCGUCUUGUUGGAAAAAAUGUACGAAGCAAUGGGUGGGGACAAACUGGAUGCGGAAGCGAGCGAUAUCCUUAAGGAGUUGCAAAAUAAACUCCAUCUCGUCCUGGAUGAUUUGGGUGGUAUUUUCGCGCGCGGUCUGGAGCCUCGUGUGGCUAAGAGCGUUCAGGAAUUAUCCAAGCAGCUUGCCUCGGUUAAAGGGGAUAAACAACAGGCAUCAGGUGCCAGUUCACGAGUGACCGUGCAACAGGAAGCCGAUGUCAUCCUGCAUCCUCUCUUGGAAGUCGUUGAUAGCAGUCUGGGACAGUUCUUUGAAAUGUGUGAUAAGACCGUUUUGAAACGCUUGAUGAAGGAGCUAUGGAAGUUAACUAUGCAAGGACUUGAAAAAAUUGUAGUGUUACCACCAUUAAGCGAUUUCAAAAGUAUCCUGCCUACAGCGAAAGUGGAAGACAUGUCGCGGAUGAUUCUUAAUCACGUGGCUACCAGCAAAGGCAUUAAUUUACCUGGAGUAGUUGAGCAGCUGUCUAAAGAAAUGGAAAAGUCCCUGUCGCCGCGACAAUGUGCCGUAGUCGAUAUUGCUUUGGAUAAGAUCAAAGAUUUCUUCUACGCCGGUGGUCAAGGUUUAAAGCGGAGUUUCAUGGAGAAGAGUCCCGAAUUACAGUCGCUGCGAUAUGCUUUGUCCUUAUACACGCAGACCACCGACAGUUUGAUCAAGACCUUUAUCAAGACCCAAACAACCCAGGAUGCCCCCUGCCAAGAAGAAAACUUUGGGGAAGUCAAUAUCCAGGUCGAUCUGUUUACGCAUCCUGGUACCGGCGAACACAAAGUCACCGUCAAAGUGAUAUGCGCAAAUGAUCUCAAAUGGCCGUCCACCGGUUUCCGACCGUUUGUUGAAGUGUGCAUUGUGGGUCCGCAUUUGGCCGAUAAGAAGCGUAAAUUCGCUACGAAAUCGAAAACCAACACAUGGGCGCCGAAAUUUGCGGAGAGUUUCAUUUUUGUUCUGGGUAACGAAGAUGAGCCGGACGCGUAUGAACUGCACAUCUGUAAAGAUUACUGUUUCGCCCGUGACGACCGCUUAGUGGGCAUGGCCGUGCUGCAGCUGAAAGACAUCGUGGACAAAGGCAGCUGUACUUGCUGGUGUCCGUUGGCAAAACGCCUGCAGCUGAACGACACCGGCUGGACCAUCUUGCGCAUCCUGGCGCAGCGCAACAACGACGAAGUGGCCCGGGAGUUCGUUAAACUGAAGUCGGACACCCGCCAGGAAGCGGAUGGCCCCGCGGGGCCCGGCCAGAAUGCCCCGGCGCCCCAGGAUGCCCAGGCGGCGCCGUCCAAGCCCAAUCCGCAGCAGAAACCAUCCGGCAAGAAAUGAACGAAGACGACCCGAUGCACUGCGUUGAUGAUGCAGGUUUUAGAGCUUCCGGUUUAGAUCGUAUCUUUCAGUAUCCGUUGGUGGGGCAUUCCGCUCUUUGUAGUUUUUGAUUGAUGCACUGUUUCGAGUCUGUUUUUGUCGAGUUUGUCGUCAGAGACGGAUUCCAACUGGUCCGGUUGAUUCCUUUCCUCCAAAAGUUUCCUAUUUUUUAUUAUGUGAACAAAACUGUAUUGUACAGAGUUCUUUUAUGUGCCUUGCGGAUCAGAUUGGUUCCUAUGAAAG